AUGGCUGACGGCAAGGAACGACGGAGAAAGUCCCCCGAGGGUCGAGAGAAGAAGCGAGAAGGCCACGACAGAGGCAGCGACGAAGAAAAACAUCAGCUUUCACCGACAAAAGGCGCUUCGCCUUUUGCGCGUGCUGAGCGGGCCUCGCGGUCCCCUGGAAGCCAGCACACUUCUUCCAAGUCACCAUCAAGCUCGUCCAGAUCUUCAUCAAAGUCACCGAUGCGACAGAUGGGAACAGCAGUGCUCGACGCGCUCAAACGAACGCCAUCGCCUCGUGAUCUGUGCUGCGGGACCUCGUCCGAGAAGGAGGAAGCUGACCCGAGCAGGUCAUCCGUGCGCAGAAAAGCCUCGUCACUCUCCAAAGCAUCGUCGCCAUCGAGUACUUACUCGCCGGGACCAUCCGCGAUUCCCAAGAAGUCGUGCCUCCGUCACAGGUCUCCGUCGCCGCAGCACAAGUCUCCCGGGGCUUCCUCUAUGCCAUCGGACAGUCUGCCUACGACAGGAGAACACGGGAUGACGCCGUUCCGCGAUGCCGACACCGAGGACGCCCCCGGUGGCAGCGAAACCCACAGUUCCCCUCAAGUGACGUUCAAAGACAUCAAAGAAGGCAUCAUGCCUCCUGACGACACCCUGUUCCGGAUGUUUCGUUUUCGAGGGGAAGUUCGAGAACGCAUUCCAGUUUGCGAAGCAGAAGGGUUAGUGGAACCAGCUCCGCCGCCACCACCACCGUCGACGCCGUCGCAAGUGGAGGCGACGGAAGACUCCAUUGUCGCCGAUGUGCACCAGCUGCCGCAUACGCAGCAGUCUUCUGGAGCAACGCUACCCGACCUACCUGAGAGAGUGGAACAAAUUGAAACGGAUCAUUCUGAAUGA